AUGCAGACCAUUGCAGUGAUAGGUAGACUAUUCAAAGAUACGGACAAAGACCUGAAGAUCGCCGACACGAGUCUACAAAGCAAUUGGUUUACUGACGGGUCGAUGGCUUUCUGUAUUAAGUACGAGAAUGAGUUUCGCACCGGACUUGUGUACCCAAAUAAGACAACCAUCAAAUGGGCAGUUUUGGACAAUCACCUCAAUGUCUCGAUGGAAAUCACUCCCAAAACAACUGGAAUCCCAUUCAAUACGACCGCUUUUGACCCAAAGUAUGCGAUCGUACCCAUAGAUAACCAAAAGGGCAAAAGUGUCGUCUUUUUUCUGGGUGUCUCAGGAGGAAAGAGAAAGCUUUUCAGAGGAUUACAGGGAAGGGAGGACUCGACCGACAGUGCCAUCGAUUCUGUAGAUGACUUCAGUUCUCGGGACGGAACCCCUCGUAUUCAACACUACCUCAAGACAUUUGAUUUCAAUCAUAUCCAGAGGCCUGGCAUUCAACAGUUACACCAAGACCCUCUGCUCACUAUCAGUAAUUCAAUUGAUAUCGAAGAUGAUUCAAAAGUAGAGAAAUUCAUUACUCAUGUGGAAGUGGACGAAAAGGACAAGUUUGGCUAUUUUACAAUGGUUUAUAUUCCACAAUUCAUGAAUUUAUUGGGCACAGCCUCAUUCAUACAAUCUAGUAUUAUGGCCGCACAGUCCGGUCUGAUUCUAGCUCUAGUGCAAAUAGUGAUCGGAACUGCAAUACUAUCGGGAACAUUAUUGUCCUUAGUUGCCCUGCUGACUAAUGGAAAUUUAGUCCUUGCAUUCGCAGACUUUAUUAUCGGAGCAUUUUUACCGCCGACUGAAUAUCAAGAGGUCAAUGGGUUUGUGGGAUGGAGUGGCAGCUGUUUCACCACAAAUCUGUUGCCCCAAUGGAAUGGAUUUACAUUCUUCACCAUGUUCUCCAUCUAUUUGUCUGGACUUUGUGGUGACUUUACUGGAGUUACUAUGGCUUCAAGUGUACGAAAUCCAAAAGUAUCGAUACCUAAAGGGUCGCUGUUAGGCAUAUUCACAACUCAGAUGUUAUACGUCAUACAAAUGAUUUGGUUUACAUCGACGUCCAAUCGAUACGCUACUGGAAAUUUGGCUGAUUAUCAAUAUAACAACUAUACCUGUGAUUUGCAACAGAAUUGUGUCAGUGGGUGCAGCAACAACCCCUAUAUGAUGUCCAUUGUGUCUUCAUUUACAUACUUUACGAACCAAACCCAUCACAUCGAACCUAUAUUUUCUGCCGGACUUCUGUCACAAUCCAUGUCCUCAGCUAUGAUUGCCUUUAUAAGUGCGCCCAGAAUGUUACAGGUCAUAUAG